AUGUCCGCCCCACCCAACCACCGCAAACGCCGCGCCUCGCUACCGCCAGACACGCAGCCGCUGAAGCACCAGCGCCCCGCGACCGCUGCCCCCGGCCUGCAAAGCGAGCAACGCCACCUCGCCGUCACGAUAACCGUCCGCGUGGACGCCGGCGACGACGACUUCCUCCGCGCCAUCAAGCGGGGCGACGCGUUCGUGCUUAAGGCGAAAAAUGCGUCCACCCCCUGGCGCGCCGAGAUCCUCGCAUUCACUCCCAGCGCGCGUCCCACUCCCCCGCAGACAGCACCCCGCGCCCUCGCUCACAAUAUCGCCAUCAAAACCACCACCUCUCCACGCAGCCCCAAAGCACCGCCAUCAGACGCAGACGCACCCGCUGCCUCUGCCGCCGACAAGGAAACCACAGAGGAGGCGCCCCUCUCGACCGCCGACGCAGCGGCCGUGCUCGCGCGGCUGAGGACGGAG